UGUAUCCUCCGUUACGUCGCAGCAGAGUUACCGUCUGACACGAGAGAGGAGCAAAGGGACCGAACAGCUGAGCACCUCGUGAAGAUUUGAACCACAAGUAAUGGAAAUCACGGAGGUGAUUUUAUGCACCCUCCUCGCCUCUCACUACUUCGGCACCAUCCUCUUCUACUCGUGGCUUGUCGUCUGCGGGACACCCACAGAGCUCACCAACUAUGGCUCACUUAAUUAAAAUUGGGCCACCUGAUCCAGUUUGCGCCAUGACAACCGACCAGAAUUAGAGCGAUAGAAGUCGUUAUGGAUAGAUGUGCAAAUAGUGCAUUCCCUGCUCAGAGAAAUGGUGUCAAAAGCAGAAUUCCAAUCUCAGGAUAUCGCAUCUUUCUGCGCGUAAAGGACAUGGACAUAACGGCUUCUUUCAACGCUGCCUGAAAUACUCUGCGCUAUGUUGUAGUUAUUAUGGGAGAACGCAGUAGUUAGAGUAGAGGGUGUGCGAGACUGGUAUGUUUCUGCUGGCUUUUUUGUGAGAGUGGCGACCAGCUUUUAGUGCGUGCAUACCAAUUGUGCGCACGGACUUGCAAUCUUUGACUGACAACGGGCCUCACCAACCACUGCGAAAGGUUUCACUCAAUAUCCGUUUUCAACUCCUCUCAUUUGAACUUCCACUACAACCGAGAAUAUUUUUAAAGCUGCACCCAAUUGCACCUGUGAGGUAGGAGUAAGCCAUGGCUUUGCCAGAUAGUGGCAUGUCUGGGGAGGAGGUACCCUUCCCAGAGAUUGUAGAACUCAAUGUGGGCGGCCAGGUCUACAUAACCCGAUAUUCUACCCUCACAAGUGUGCCAGACUCCCUGCUGUGGGAGAUGUUCAGUCGGAAGUCAGCCAAAGGACUGGCCAGGGACACCAAGGGUCGCUUCUUUGUGGACCGUGAUGGUUUCCUGUUCCGUUACAUCCUGGACUACAUGCGAGACCAGCAGCUGGUUCUACCAGACCACUUCCCUGAGCGCGGGCGUCUACAGAGAGAGGCUGAGUUCUUCAACCUGCCAGAGCUAGUCAAACUGCUGGUGCCCAAAAUCAGCAAGCAGAACUCGCUUGGCGACGAGGGAUGUCAGAGCGACCCGGAGGACUCCUCACCUGGGAUUGACAUUGCCCCUAACCUCAGCUCCUUGGGUGCUGCCGCUGCUGCCUGUGCCAGCCUGGUCCCCGGUACCAUGGAUGGCAAACGCUCUGGGUUCAUCACUAUUGGCUACCGGGGCUCGUACACCCUGGGCCGGGACAGCCACACCGAUGCCAAAUUCCGGCGGGUGGCGCGGAUCAUGGUGUGUGGGAAGACCUCUCUGGCCAAAGAGGUGUUUGGUGAGACGCUGAACGAGAGCCGUGACCCCGACCGCCCCCCCGAGCGCUACACAUCCCGCUACUAUCUGAAGUUCACCUUUCUGGAGCAGGCUUUUGACAAGCUGGCUGAUGCAGGCUUCCACAUGGUGGCCUGUAAUUCCACAGGAACCUGCGCCUUUGCCCAUGAGCAGACGGACGACAAGAUAUGGACCAGCUACACUGAAUAUGUGUUCUACCGUGGUUCAUCAGUGAUUUCCAAGGCAACGACCUCUGACCCCCGAGCACUCACUGAAGUAGUGACCUCUUACCCUGAGUCCAGCAGCACUGGCCCAGAAACUAGCAGCAUCAAAACACUGGGCAUACAAAAACCGGUGCCCCUUUCUUCUCUAACACCUCCUCUUCCUCCUCCACCUCCCCUUGCUACAAACAGCCCCAACCUCCCAAAUCUGUCACCUUCAGUCCUGCCACCACCUCUGCCAUCCUCCAAACCUUUUUCUACCUCCAGUCCUUCUUCUCCCCCCUCACCACCCCCUCAGGCUAACAGCCCCCAGCGUCCGGCCGCCCUCAACCUAAAGACGCUGCCACGGCCCACCAUCAGGGAGAACGGUAGACCCUCGCUGGGGUUGGAUGAGGAAGAGGAGGAGAAGAAGAUGCUGGAGGAGGAUCUGAAGAAAUGCAUUGACGACUUUAAAAAGAUCCGCUUGCCCACAGAGUUUCCGGAUCGCAAGAGGCACUGGCAAAGUGAUUUGCUUAAGAAGUACAAUGCAUAGAGCUUUUUGAUGCAGCGCCAUGGUGAAAAAACUUAACAAGGAUUUCAUGACAAUGUAGUGAAGAGUGGACUCCAGAUUCAUAUUUACGUGGCUUUGAGUCAGCUAGUUUACUCAAACCUCUGAUGUAGCAGCUUUUGCAUGUCAAUGGAACUAAAUGAUUUGAUAAAGUGUAGUGCUUAGGCUGAGUUUGUCUAGCAAUCACACAUACAUGAUUAAAACAUUGAGAUUUGUCUUUUUCCAUAACAGAAAACAACAUCCCUAAAGAGAUUGUUAGUGACACAUAUUUGUUCCACACAGCUAUUUGGGGACAUUUUUUUUACUCAGUCAAAGGAUAAUAUAUGUAAUGUCCUUAAUUAGAGAGUUCUGCCAUGCUCUCUGUACUGUGUUCACUGAAAAAGCAACUGGAAAUGUAAGCUAUGUGUGAAGGUUAGGCAUUUAACCUUGCUGAUGCAAAAUAAAAGAAAGACGUGAAAUCUCUGGUGCCAAUCAUCUAAAAAAUCUCACCUCAUCAAUAUUAAACCAUACGACUUCAAA